AUGCUGCCCGCUCAUUGUCUGACGAAGAAGUCGCUUUAUUGUACGAGAGGGGGGAAUUUGGAACGCACAGUGCCCGGACACUUGUCAACAUGCUUUGGUGGAGCAACACCGCACAUUUCGGGUUGCGAGGCUGCCGAGAAAAUCGAGAUCUUCGCUGGGGAGACAUAUGCCUUAGAAUGGAUACUUCUGGUUCUGGCCUCGAGUUUCUCGAAUAUACUGAGCGCCAGACGAAAACAAGAUCUGGAGAAAAUCUCCGUGACUUACUGUACGAAAG